CAGAGAUGCAGCUCACCCGCGCUGCGAGAUCGAAAUCCAGAUCCACAUAUGCGGAUGACAUAUCCUACUGUAUAAAAGCCGAGCUCUCCAAGAGUCAAAGUCAAUGCCUCUCUACAUUUGUACAGUACUCUAUUUCAUGAUUCCCACAUCAGAUAUCGACCUACGGCGAGCAAUAUCUUCCAAUGAUUUAUUCAUAUGAGUAGAAUACAGCCGAAUCCCAAAUCUAUGGAUCCGCACUCUAUCUAUCAUAAAUACCCAUCUUGGCCAACCCCAAAAUUUUCCCUUCUCGAGACCCCGUGCAGUAACCAACAUCACAAAAACAUCAAAAAGUCCUCGGCACUUCUGCCAGACACCCCGCCCACUGGUUUAUAAAUCACGACUCUAUCACUCGUCCACUUGAUCGUCACCGGAUAUUACUUCUUUGUAUCGAUCCAUAGCCAGGGUUACCAUCGGCACUUACAUCUGCAGCCUCUUGAGGAAGCUCAGUUGAAUUGAGCCAACUGAGAGGCAAGAGGGAACAAUUGCACCACCUUCAUCAUUGGUCUUGGUGGGGGUGAAGCUUGUUAGUCCAAACCCCACAAUAUUGAUAUGGCGUUGCACUGCGGCGAGUUUUUGUCGUAUCCCCAGAUCUCUUCAUUGUUGCACACUCCUUAUAGGCUUGUGAGAUCAGCCUGCAAGCGUUGUCUCCAGUUUGACAUGAGAUCAGAUGUCUGGAUCAUGUAUAUAUCCGUGGUUCUUAAAUUGGAGACCUGCGUUCGCGUCCAAGGUACUUAAGGUGAGAUGUCGUCUUUUGGGUGGUUCGUACCUUUUCGCCCUUUGUACUCGCGACAAUUUUUGGUUCUUCGAAGAACACCAAGGACAAGAUGGCACCGAAAUCAAAUCUCCUGGCCGCUUUCGCGCUCGCCUACGGAUUUUGUGGAUCGCUGACGUUUGCGCAUCCAGGAGAAGCUCCAAAAGAUGUACGAGCAAUUGCAAGAGAGAUCAAGCGAAUGUCCGACGUGGCAGACUACCAAAAAUCCGUGAUGGAAGAGUGUUGGGACAGUCCACAUGUCCAGGAGCUCCAGCAACGUGCUAUGGAACGACGAGCCGCAACCGUGCGGCAGCUUCGAGAAGAGCGGGAUCUUUUAGACAGUAAGGUCCUAUUGGAAGAUCUGAGAAUGGGAGAAGAAGGCUGACUUGAUAGCACCUAUUUUGGAUAAGCGUACUUUGGGAGAUUUCAAGAAAUGGGCCAAAACAAAUCACAAUAAGACAGGCAGUGGGAUAACCCUCGCCUCACCGCCUGCUGUUCUCUUUGGAGCGAAUGCAUCAUGUAUCAUGACGCCUGAUAAUGCUAAUGGGCCAUACUACGGUAUUUGUUUAGCUUUAUGUUCUAUUUUGCGGAGGUUGAGGCAAUUCUCUACUUGAAAAAUCCCACUGGCUGUUUUCAUAUGUCCUGGUUCUCCGAAUAGCCACUGGGGAUAACAAGCUAACUCAAAGAUCUUAAAAAGUCAAGGGCGAACAGAUCCGUAGCAAUGUCCGCGAGAACCAGAAAGGCGUACCAAUGCACCUAGAAAUGCAAUUCAUGAACAUCAAGACCUGCAAACCCGCCAAGGAUGUCUUGGUGGACAUCUGGUCCUGCAAUGCCACGGGUGUCUACUCAGGUGUCUCUGCAGCAGGUCAAGGGGGACUAUCUUCAUCGUGGCUUCGAGGUGUUCAGAAGACCGAUAUCGACGGUGUUGUGAACUUCGACACCAUCUUCCCAGGGCACUAUUCGGGACGAGCAACACAUGAACACAUCAUCACUCACGUCGGCGCAAAAGUUGAAGCAAACGGCUCCUACACUGGGGGAAAGAUCAAUCAUCUCUCCCAGCUGUUCUUCGAGCAAUCGCUUAUUUCCGCCAUCGAAGCCACCGCGCCAUACAACACCAACAAACUCCCCCUGACCACGAACGAUGCAGAUGGGUAUACCGGCUACGCGGCCAGCACCUCCUAUGAUCCUUUCCCACACUACACGCUCCUUGGCAACAAGCUUGAUCAAGGACUGUUCGUUUGGGCUUUGGUGGGCCUUGAUCUGGCCGGUGAUGUGGAAACUUAUGCGCAGAACGCGGCGUAUGUGGAUGCCACUGGCGGACACAAUAACCCGAAAUUCAAUAUGGGUAUAAUUGCUACACCACCACCGAACACGCAUGGAAAGCGGGAAGAAGAUCUUGAGGACGAGGAAGAGGGGGAGGUCUUGGGUGAGGAGUAGAUUGGCAUGGGGGUUGUCAAUGAGAUCUGGGCUAUGGUAAAAAACUUAUCAAAGAAAGCAACUACAUGAGUACAAUUUUAUCUUUUCCUUCACAGUGUGACAACGGAUUAUUUGGGACUUUACACAUAAGCGACGUAUACCCCCAUAUUCAUGUCUAAUGUGGAGAAAAAGAAAGUCGGGUGUGCAGAAGUGGCUGCAGUUAUUCAGUCUGGUGAGAAUUUCAAAUGCAAUGGCACUUGCCGUUGACGAUAUCUGACGCCUCAGCCGCGCAUACUGUACCACGAAGGGUUGGGUAACCUUGAACUUGGCAUGAAUUAUUUGACCAGUCACCUAAAGUUGUUGGUUUUUG